AUGCGCAACAAUGCGAUCGCAUGCAUUUGCGAUAUUAUUACUCGUGAGACCACGCAUGACUGCUCCCAAUUAAUUGUCAGUAGCGAGUUGAUGUUGCUCGCCAAGGAUGUGGAAUCUGCAGCUCUCCAAGCGGAGCAAAUAUUCUCUAAUCCUGGUGGACCCGCGUUUCGCGGACAACCCAGACUAAAAGGCACAACUCUUGCAUUGAUCAAACCGCACGCAGUCGCUGAUG